AUGAUCGUAUCAAGUAAUGGACAUGUCAGUAAUAGUAAUAGAAAUAACAACGAGUAUUAUAUCAGAGAUAUAGCAACCAUCACAUCCAACAAUACAAUAAUACCGACACCAACACCAGUGCUGGCUCUGCUGGGUCCAACAUUCAAUGAAUCUCCCAUGGACAUCCAAUUCCAAAAGAUAAUAGCAAUCAUUCUUCAAUCGAAACUAUCUCAAACUGGUUCAUCCUAUUCACAUGAAUUUCUUGAUCAAUUAACUGAAUUAUCAAUUCGGUUUAUGAAUGAAUGUAUUUCGAAAUUAGGUGAAUAUUGUCGGAUUCAAAGAAGACAUAAACCGACAUUAUCAGAUGUUAGAUUAUUAAUGAAUACUAAAGGGAUAUCACCAACCAUGAUCUAUGAUGAAAUAAUAUCCUCGAAACAGAUUACAAAAGAUUAUGGCCCUGCGUUGAAAUUAGUCCUGAAUCAGAUUGCACAACUACAAAAUCCAGGAGAAGAACAAGAAGAAGAGAUAGAUGAACAAUCAUUACCAUUUUUCAUUAAUGAGCAUUAUGAAAUUACGAAUCUUGUGCCCCGAUUAAAUCAAAAAGGAAGAUAUAUUCCUCAUUAUUUACCUGAUUUCCCACCUGAUUAUACAUAUCAAUCAACACCUAAAUAUAUGGAAACAAUUAAUGAUUUGAAAGAGUUGAGAUUGAAAUUGGUGGAUGAAUCGAGGAUGAUUGAGAAGUCGUUGCAUGAUUUGACGGAGAAUGAGGAGAUUGAGUGGCAUAAGAAGUUUGAAGAGGAGUUGCAAGAGUUUGAGGGGAUUAAGGGUGUCGAGUUGGAAGAAGAGGAAGAUGAGCAUGUAGAUGAGAAGGCGGACGAGAAGAAAGUGGAAACGAAGGAGGAAGAAAAGAAGGAGGAAAAGAAGGAGGUAGAUGCAUCUGUGGAAGACAAGGCUGCGGAUUCAGGUGUUGCUAGCCACGUUCCAUUAGAUGGACAACAAAUUGAUGGAACUGCUACGACACUUCCAGCUCCUACUCCAAUUGCAGCACAAACAGUUGAAACAGUGGCUCCUAUUGAAGAACAACCAUUCUCCACCCCGAUUGAAUCCAAAUCCUUUGAUUUCAUAACCUAUGCCCAGAAACGUAAACAAAUUGAAGAAAAUCAUAAACAAUUACAACUCAAGAAACAAAAAUUAAGAGAGAAUAAUAUAUUCAUCAAAACUGAACUUUAUUAUUCCCCAUAUUCAACAUUAAAACCAACUAUGGAAACAGAACAAUAUUUCAAGGAUAUAUUAUCUCAUGAAUUUAAACAAGUAGUUUCAUCCAUAAGAAAAGCGGAAAAGAAGAAACAAGAAAAGAUGGAAAAGUUAUUACAAGAGAAAUUACGUCGUGAACGAGAACAACGAGAAUUACAAAAGGCCAAUGAGAUACAAUUUAAUUUUAAUAAUUUUAAUGCAUCUUCUUCUUCUUCUUCAUCGGAUGAAUUUCUGGAUGAUGAUGAGGGAGAUAAGCCAGGACAUCAUCAAUUUCCUGAUCUUAGUUUUAAUGAUGGGAAUGAUGAUAUUUCUGAAGGAGAUAGUAGUCGACCACCAAGUUCAAGUAUUGUAGUUUUGGAGAAUGAAGGACGUGUUGAAGUAGAAGGACAUAGACAGAAACAAGUACAUUUUGAAGAUUCAGAAGAAGAUGAUUUUGAAGAGGCGGAGGUAGAAGAAGUAAAGAGAGGAGAUCAAUUAGAUUCAUCAUCUUCACAGAGUGAUGAAAUUAAGAAUCAGGCUGAUCGAGAUGAUAAUAAGAAUCAACUUGAUGGUAAUGAUAAUAUGGAAGAAGAAGAAGAUGAUGAUGAUGUGGAUGAUAUUGAACAGUCGAUAUUAAGAGAAUUAUCUGAUCUUUCUUCAGAUAAUGAUGAAGAAGAUGAUGAUAUGGAAGAUGUUGUAUAG